AUGUCGCAACUCCCGCCGCCUCCGCCGCCAGGCUGGGGUCCUCCUCCUCCUCCGCCGCCUCCCUCAUCAUCGCUUCCACCUCCUCCAUCGAUACCUGCUCCUCCAGCCCCGCCGCCGCCUGGCUAUCGACCACCCGCCGACGCCCAUAUUGCCAAGUUUGCCCAGAAGAAGAAGGAAUGGCUUCGCAAUCAGAGGAACAGAUUUGGAGAGAAGCGCAAGGCUGGCUUUGUCCAGACGCAAAAGGCUGACAUGCCCCCCGAGCAUCUGCGGAAAAUCGUCAAGGAUAUCGGCGAUGUCUCCCAGAAAAAGUAUACAAACGACAAGCGAAGCUAUCUCGGUGCGCUCAAGUUCAUGCCGCACGCUGUUCUCAAGCUUUUGGAGAACAUGCCCAUGCCGUGGGAGUCUGCACGAGAGGUCAAGGUUCUGUACCAUGUCAACGGCUGUCUUACCCUGGUCAAUGAAAUCCCCAGAGUUAUCGAGCCUGUUUUCUUUGCACAGUGGGCCAUGAUGUGGACAUUCAUGCGAAAGGAAAAGGCAGAUCGAAGACUCUUCAAGCGUAUGCGGUUCCCACCAUUCGACGACGAGGAGCCGCCGCUAUCGUGGUCGGAAAAUAUCGAAGAUGUGGAGCCGCUCGAGCCUAUCCAGAUGGAGCUCAAUGAGGACGAAGACGAGGCAAUUUAUGAAUGGUUUUACGACCACCGACCGCUGCUCGAUACAUCCCAUGUUAAUGGCCCGAGCUACAAGGGCUGGAACCUUACACUGCCUCAGAUGGCAGCGCUGUUCCGUCUCAGUCGACCUUUGAUCUCAGAUGUUGUGGAUAAGAACUACUUCUAUCUCUUCGAUCUGAAGAGUCUUCUCACAGCCAAGGCGUUGAAUGUUGCCUUGCCAGGUGGACCACGAUUUGAGCCGCUAUACAAGGAUAUCAACCCCAAUGAUGAAGACUUUGGCGAGUUCAACGCCAUCGACCGAAUCAUUUUCAGAAACCCUAUUCGAACCGAGUUCCGGGUUGCCUUCCCAUACCUUUACAAUUCUCUUCCUCGAAGCGUGCACCUCGCCUGGCACUCUCACCCCCAGGUGGUCUACAACCGUGUCGAUGACCCGGAUUUGCCCACAUUCCACUUCGAUCGUCGAAUCAACCCCAUCUCGUCACGUAACGUGGCCCCCAAGAAUGUGGAAUUGUCUCUUGAGGAUGAGCUUUUUGGACCCGGAAACAACGAAGAGCCCGAAGAGGAUGCCUUUGAGCUUCCUGCUGGUGCAGAGCCUUUCCUCGCUGACGAGGAUCUCGACAAUGACGAUACGGCUGCUGCCAUUGAGCUCUGGUGGGCACCGUUCCCAUUCAAUCGACGAUCUGGCAAAAUGGUGCGCGCCCAAGAUGUACCCCUGAUUAAGCAGUGGUAUCUCGAGCACCCCCCUGCAAACCGACCGCCCGUAAAGGUCCGCGUCUCCUACCAGAAACUGCUCAAGAACUUUGUCCUCAAUGACCUGCACAAGAAGAAGCCCAAGGCUCAGAAUAACCAGAACCUACUCCGGUCACUGAAGCAGACAAAGUUCUUCCAGCAGACUACUAUCGACUGGGUAGAGGCUGGUUUGCAGGUUUGCCGUCAAGGUUUCAACAUGCUCAAUCUUUUGAUUCACAGGAAGAACCUGACAUAUCUUCAUCUUGACUACAACUUCAACUUGAAGCCCGUCAAGACCCUCACCACAAAGGAGCGAAAGAAGUCUCGAUUCGGAAACGCUUUCCAUUUGAUGCGUGAAAUCUUGAGACUGACAAAGCUGAUUGUUGAUGCACAAGUUCAGUACCGACUGGGCAAUAUUGACGCCUUCCAGCUGGCUGAUGGCAUUCUCUAUGCCUUCAACCACGUUGGUCAGCUUACAGGUAUGUACCGUUACAAGUACAAGCUUAUGCACCAGAUCCGAACCUGCAAGGACUUGAAGCACCUCAUCUACUACAGAUUCAAUUCUGGUCCUGUUGGAAAAGGUCCUGGUUGUGGUUUCUGGGCUCCCGCCUGGAGAGUUUGGCUCUUCUUCAUGCGUGGUAUUAUUCCCCUCUUGGAGAGAUGGCUUGGAAACUUGCUCUCUCGUCAAUUUGAGGGCAGACACAGCAAGGGUGUCGCAAAGACAGUCACAAAGCAGCGUGUCGAGUCUCACUUCGACCUUGAGCUUCGUGCGUCUGUCAUGGCCGAUUUGUUAGACAUGAUGCCCGAGGGCAUCAAGCAGAACAAGGUCAACACUGUGUUGCAGCAUCUCUCCGAGGCCUGGCGUUGCUGGAAGAGUAACAUCCCUUGGAAGGUGCCUGGCUUGCCUGCUCCUAUUGAGAACAUCAUUCUUCGAUACGUCAAAUCCAAGGCUGAUUGGUGGGUUUCCGUUGCCCAUUACAAUCGCGAGCGUAUUCGUCGCGGUGCCACCGUCGAUAAGACCGUUGCCAAGAAGAACGUUGGCCGUCUUACCCGACUCUGGCUCAAGGCAGAGCAAGAACGCCAGCACAACCACAUGAAGGACGGUCCAUAUGUUUCAUCAGAGGAGGCCGUUGCCAUCUAUACGACAACCGUCCACUGGCUGGAGUCUCGCAAGUUCUCGCCUAUUCCGUUCCCCAGCGUUUCUUACAAGCACGACACCAAGAUUUUGAUCCUUGCACUGGAGCGACUGAGAGAGGCGUACUCGGUCAAGGGCCGUCUCAACCAGAGCCAGCGUGAAGAGCUUGCCCUUAUCGAGCAGGCAUAUGAUAGUCCGGGUACAACCUUGGAGCGCAUCAAGCGAUUCCUCCUCACUCAGCGAGCUUUCAAGGAAGUCAACAUCGAUAUGAAUGACAACUACAGCACCAUCAAUCCAGUCUACGAUAUUGAGCCGAUUGAGAAGAUUAGCGAUGCUUAUCUUGACCAAUAUCUGUGGUACCAGGCUGAUCAGAGACACCUUUUCCCUGCCUGGAUCAAGCCUUCUGAUUCCGAAGUUCCUCCCCUGCUGGUUUACAAGUGGGCUCAGGGUAUCAACAACCUGGGCCAGGUUUGGGAAACUGAAAAUGGCGAGUGCAAUGUCAUGAUUGAGACUGAGCUCUCCAAGGUCUAUGAGAAGAUGGAAUUGACGCUUCUUAACUCCCUCCUGAGACUGAUCAUGGACCACAACCUUGCUGAUUACAUCACGGCAAAGAACAACGUCCAGCUCACCUACAAGGACAUGAACCAUGUCAACAGCUAUGGUAUGAUUCGUGGCCUUCAGUUUUCGGCUUUCGUGUUCCAGUACUACGGCCUUGUCCUCGAUUUGCUUUUGCUUGGCCCCCAACGAGCUAGCGAAAUUGCUGGACCACCCCAAAGUCCCAAUGAUUUCUUGCAGUUCCGCGAUCGGGAGACGGAAAGCAGACACCCGAUCCGACUAUACAGCCGAUAUAUCGACAAGAUCUGGAUCUUCCUUCGGUUUACAGCAGAAGAAUCGCGAGAUCUCAUCCAAAGAUUCCUUACCGAGCAACCUGACCCCAAUUUCGAAAACGUCAUUGGAUAUAAGAGCAAGAAGUGCUGGCCACGAGACUCUCGUAUGCGCCUGAUGCGACAUGAUGUCAACCUGGGACGAGCCGUCUUCUGGGACUUUAAAAACCGCUUGCCACGAUCUGUCACUACAAUUGAUUGGGAUGACAGUUUCGUUAGUGUUUACAGCCGAGAUAACCCCAACCUGCUUUUCUCCAUGUGCGGAUUCGAAGUUCGUAUUCUGCCAAAGAUUAGAAACCAGAAUGAUGAAUUCCCUGUCAAAGACAGCGUCUGGUCUCUCGUCGAUAAUACGACCAAAGAAAGAACGGCACACGCGUUCUUGCAAGUCACCGAGGAAGAUAUCCAAAAGUUCAACAACCGUAUUCGACAGAUUCUCAUGUCGUCUGGCUCAACUACCUUUACCAAGAUUGCGAAUAAAUGGAACACUGCUCUGAUUGCCCUGUUUACGUACUAUCGUGAGGCCGCAGUCUCCACCAUUGAGCUGCUUGAUACCAUUGUCAAGUGCGAAACCAAGAUUCAAACAAGAGUCAAGAUCGGAUUGAACUCAAAGAUGCCUUCGCGUUUCCCUCCUGCUGUCUUCUAUACCCCCAAGGAGCUUGGUGGAUUGGGUAUGAUCUCUGGCUCUCAUAUCCUUAUUCCGGCCAGUGACAAGCGUUGGUCUAAGCAGACCGACACUGGUGUCACUCACUACCGAGCUGGUAUGACCCACUCAGAAGAGACUCUGAUUCCCAACAUCUUCCGAUACAUUAUUCCGUGGGAAGCAGAAUUCAUCGACUCCCAACGUGUCUGGACCGAGUACUCCCAGAAGCGCUUGGAAGCCAACCAGCAGAACCGUCGUCUGACUCUGGAAGAUUUGGAGGAUAGCUGGGAUCGUGGUUUGCCAAGAAUCAACACUUUGUUCCAGAAGGACCGAAGCACCCUCAGCUUCGACAAGGGUUUCCGUGCUCGAGCCGAGUUCAAGAUUUACCAGCUCAUGAAGGGCAACCCAUUCUGGUGGACAAGCCAGCGACAUGACGGCAAGCUUUGGAACUUGAAUGCCUACCGAACUGAUGUCAUUCAGGCUUUGGGUGGUGUUGAAACGAUCCUUGAGCACACUCUCUUCAAGGCCACUGGUUUCCCAUCUUGGGAGGGUCUCUUCUGGGAAAAGGCCUCUGGUUUCGAAGAGUCCAUGAAGUUCAAAAAGCUCACCAACGCCCAGCGGUCCGGUUUGAACCAGAUUCCUAACCGUCGUUUCACUCUCUGGUGGUCCCCCACGAUCAACAGAGCCAACGUCUACGUCGGUUUCCAGGUCCAGCUGGAUCUUACUGGUAUUUUCUUGCACGGCAAGAUCCCCACCCUAAAGAUCUCUCUCAUCCAAAUCUUCCGUGCUCACUUGUGGCAAAAGAUUCACGAGUCUGUGGUCAUGGAUCUCUGUCAAGUGUUUGACCAGGAACUGGAGUCUCUCGGCAUCGAGACCGUGCAGAAGGAAACGAUUCACCCUCGUAAAUCCUACAAGAUGAACAGCUCCUGCGCCGAUAUUCUUCUCUUUGCCAGCCACAAAUGGAAUGUCACCCGCCCAUCGCUCUUGUAUGACACGAAGGAUGUCAUUGAGCCUACCACGACCAACAAAUUCUGGGUUGAUGUGCAACUGCGUUAUGGUGAUUACGACUCUCACGACAUUGAGCGUUAUACACGUGCCAAGUACCUUGAUUACACGACUGAUAGCUCAAGUAUUUAUCCUUCUGCUACUGGUAUCAUGAUUGGUAUCGAUUUGGCAUACAAUUUGUACUCGGCCUACGGAAUGUACUUCCCAGGUCUGAAGGUACUCAUUCAGCAAGCCAUGGCCAAGAUCAUGAAGGCAAACCCGGCAUUGUACGUCCUUCGGGAGCGUAUCCGCAAGGGUCUGCAGCUGUACGCUUCCGAAAGCAACCAAGAGUUCCUGAACUCGCAGAAUUAUUCGGAGCUCUUCAGCAACCAGACGCAGCUGUUCAUCGACGACACCAACGUGUACCGUGUGACCAUUCACAAGACGUUUGAAGGAAACUUGACCACCAAGCCCAUCAACGGUGCCAUCUUCAUCUUCAACCCGCGAACUGGUCAGCUGUUCUUGAAGAUCAUUCACACCAGCGUGUGGGCAGGUCAGAAACGUCUUGGACAGCUCGCCAAGUGGAAGACGGCGGAAGAAGUGGCGGCGUUGAUUCGUUCGCUCCCCGUUGAAGAGCAGCCCAAGCAGCUGAUUGUUACCAGAAAGGGUCUCUUGGAUCCCCUUGAAGUCCAGCUGGUUGAUUUCCCCAACAUCUCUAUCCGUGCUUCCGAGUUGCAGCUUCCUUUCCAGGCCGCUAUGAAGGUUGAAAAGUUGGGUGACAUGAUCCUGCGAGCGACUGAGCCUCAGAUGGUGCUGUUUAACCUGUACGAUGAGUGGUUGAAGAGUAUCUCUUCAUACACUGCCUUUUCUCGUCUCAUUCUCAUCCUCCGUGCCCUUCACGUCAAUCCCGACAAAACAAAGCUUAUCCUGCGACCCGACAAGACUGUUAUCACGCUAGACCACCACAUCUGGCCAUCGUUGAACGAUGAAGAUUGGAUCAAGGUUGAAACCCAGCUGCGAGAUCUCAUCUUGAACGACUAUGGCAAGAAGAACAAUGUCAACGUGUCCAGUCUGACGAGCACUGAAGUCCGUGAUAUUAUCCUUGGUAUGGAAAUUUCUGCACCAUCCAUGCAGAGACAACAGGCUGCCGAGAUCGAGAAGCAGCAAGAAGAGCAGAAGCAGUUGACGGCCGUUACGACCAAGACCCAAAACGUCCACGGCGAAGAGAUCAUCGUCACCACGACAUCUCAGUUCGAACAGCAGACAUUUGCUUCAAAGACUGAGUGGCGAACACGAGCUAUUGCGACAUCGAACUUGCGAACACGAGCGAAGAACAUCUAUGUCUCGUCAGUGGAUAGUGAUCUGGACGACGUAACAUACGUCAUGCCCAACAAUAUCCUGAAGAAGUUCAUCACCAUUGCAGAUCUGCGUGUUCAGGUGGCUGGUUACCUUUACGGUGCUUCAGCUCCUGAUAAUGAUCAAGUCAAGGAGAUCAAGUGUAUCGUCAUGAUGCCGCAGAUUGGUGGUCUUCGCAAUGUGCAGCUUCCACAGAAGUUGCCUCAGAGUGACUUCCUGGAUGGCAUGGAGCCACUGGGCGUUAUCCACACAAUGUCGGGUAGCGAACUUCCGUACAUGCCUGCUGCCGAUGUGACGGAGCAUGCCAAGCUGUUGGAUGCGCACGAGGAGUGGGAUAAGACCAACACAGUCACAGUGUCCGUGUCUUUCACUCCUGGUAGUGUGUCUCUGUCUGCUUGGGGAUUGACGCCCCAAGGCUACAAAUGGGGAGCUGAAAACAAGGACACUCAGAGCGACCAACCCCAGGGAUUCACGACUACUAUGGGAGAGAAGCGAAAGCUUCUGCUCAGCCCAAGAUUCAGGGGUUUCUUCCUCGUGCCGGAUGAUGGUAAAUGGAACUAUAGCUUCAUGGGCAGUGCUUUUGCAGGAAUGGAAAAGAAGUCUGUUCAUGUCAAGCUAGAUACGCCACUGCCCUUCUAUAGCGACCACCACCGACCGGUCCACUUCCACAGCUUUGCGGAGUUGGAGGAUAUCUGGGUUGACCGAUCCGACAACUUUGCUUAA